CACACCCCCGCGCAAUGGGCAUAGCGACGUCCAAGCUCGGAGACAGCAGCGACGCCGACCUCCGCGCGCAGUUCAUGCUCCCGCCCAACCCGGUGCCAGUGCACCAGAUGGGCGGGGCGGCAGCGGGGCGUGCAGCAAGGGCCGCCCCAGCACAGCUCAAGCCGCCGGCGAACCCGCUCGACGUGGCCGAGGCGAUUGGCCUAUUGCGACUACUAGCCAGGACGACCGAGUUCCGGCCCACGCCGUUCUGCUCGACGUUUGUCCAGCUUGUCGCUGGGGAGCCGUCGACACUCAAGGGCGACGAGACGCCGCUGGCACUACUACGGAACUAUGGCAUCGUGUCCGACAAGAAGGACCUCGACGGGCUCGCGCUCCUCUGGCCCCGGCUGCUGUCCGCGAUGGACUAUGGCGGCUCAAAGUACCAGUACCACGACAUGUUCAUGCUUCGGGGGACGCGCGUGAGCCGGUGCGGCAGCGAGGUGUGCGCCCCCGUGCCGGAGGUGUCCGAGGCGCGCCGCUUCAUGCUGGAAGUGACGCCGCGCGACGGCGUGACGCGCCUGCGAGCGCUGCUGGAGCUCGAGCUCGGCGGGCGGGCGGAGCGCGGCGCGUGCGGCGGCCAGCACGACACGCGCACCGUGCUCCGCGCGCGCCGGCUCGGGCUGGUGCUCCUGCGUAUCAGGCCCAGCCCGUACGCGCUGUCCGUCACCGACGUGGACCGCGGCGAGGGCCAGCGCUGGGUCCUGCUUGGCUGUGUGAUCCGCCAUGCGGACGGGGUACACUCUGUCGUUACGCAGAUUGGCGGCGAGUGGGUCCACUUGGUCGAGGGGGACGCGCCGCAGGUGGUCAAGGACGUUGCUGGGGCCAUUGCGCGUGCAGGCGGCGCUGGUGCUGGUGCUAGCGUAUCACCUGCCGCUGUAGCCAUUGCCCUGUUCCGUUGCGUGCAGCUUGAUGCGCCGGCGCCGGUCGUCCUGCCGCCGAGGGAGGCCGCCGUCGCCGCGGCGCCGAGCCACGGCAAUGUCCCGUUUUAGCAGCCUCCACCCAGCGUCCGUCGGCGACCGACGACCGACCUGCGUAGUUUUUUUGCUUUCACAUCAUCCACAACUCGAUCAACUCGAUGCUGCUUUGGCCAUGGGCGCAGACACGUCCAAGCCAGUACCGACAAACUACGACUCGACAGCCGCGCAGCUAUCCCACGCAUUCAGCAGAUAUGCCCAGCGCCCGCCCGCCAGCCCCGCGGUGGUGAGCGACGUCGUGGGGCUCCUGCGGCUCCUCGUGCGCGACCCAGACUUUAAGAGUUGCUUCACGCCAACCGGGAGCGCGUUGGGCUAUGCGCUGUUCAAGAUCCCUGGCGUGCUGAGCGGCGUCGAUAGGCCGCUACAGCUCGUCCGAGACAAUGGCAUCAUUACCGACAAGCCAGAGCUCGACACCAUCCCCCUCAUCAUCGACCGCCUCAUCGCUGCGAUCGACCACAGCGGCUCGGCUCUCCACUUUGAAUUCCUCCUGCGCAUCACGGUGCUGUGCCGCGUCGAAUGUAUCGGCGGCGGGUGUCCCCCUAUCGAGGCGCCCCUUCCCAACCGCUACGUCGUCGAACUGCCGACCGCGCCGUACCCCGACGCGUCGAGCGUGCACGAUACGCCAGAAGAGUAUAGUGUCAAGGCACAGCUGGACCUCGCGCUGGCUCUCGAAGGCGUCGACAACAUUGCAUCGACGCCAAAGCCAGAUUACCCCGCGUCACCGGAUACGACCGGCUCGUCCCCGGGCAAGUGCUCGUGCAAGGGGCAGUACACGACGCAGACGAUUCUCAAGGGCUCGCGCGGCGGGCUUGUUAUUCUGCACUUCCCAAAGGCGACCCACCCCGUGAUUCUCAACGAGACAAUCCAGCUUCUCGACAGGAGCGAGCCCGAGCUGUGGACCCUUGCGUCGGCUGUCGUGCGCCACGGCACCGAGUACAACGGGUACGGCACGGUCCUCCAGCGCAAGCGCGGCGGGCCGGGCUGGGUGCACGUCGUCGAGGACGACGUGCGCGACAUUGACCUGGGCGCGAGCGGCGGCGUCCAGGGCCUGGGGCUGUACGCUGGCGACAGGCCAGAGGUCGCCUUUGCCGUGUAUCGCUGCGUGCCUGCCGGCGAGUUUGAUGAGGGCGGCGUGGGCCUCGGGCUGGCUGGGAGCGGGGCGUCGACCCCGCGCCGGGUGGAGCUGGCGUAGGCGGCUGGCCGACGUGGACUUGCAUAGAGCUGUGGAUAGAUGGGAGCACUGUUGUUGUACAUGCAUGUGUGCGAAGAGGUG